AUGGGUAUGGAUGUUAAAAAGUGCAUUGAACUGCACAACCCCAUCGUCUCGCACGCUAGCUCUAAACGUUACCUUGAACUCGACGACAACCUCACAUUUUUCAUCGGCCUUUCGGCUCCCAACGGACUGCAGCUGGAUACGUGGGAAGGUAUAGAUGAGUAUGAGGAUUCUAUCCUGUUGUACAAGGGCACGGGCAUGACCCUGGUGGUCUUGUUUACAGUCGAACUAACUAUCAAGUCUGCUUUAUAUGCGAUCCGUUUGAUGAGCCCCGCGAACGAAUGUGGGGUGAUCUCCAUGCGUUUUUUGGAGCUCUAUCUGCGGUCGAUCGAGUCGGGGAAGCUUGUUGUUGAUGCAAAGCACCCUGGGUUCGGCGAUGGGCAUGGGCUUGUUACGCAUGGCUGGAGAGUCUCGGAGUGA